AUUUAAGUGGAUUUAAUUUAACUGAAGCGGCUGGCGUUUUCGAUCUGCUUCGCCGGAACCGAGCUCCGGAGAAACCGAGGAGGAGGAAGAGAAGAGCCUGCUUUCUUUCUUUCUAAAAGGGGGCACGCGAUCCAAACCCUAGACCAGAGCCGAAGGGAGAACAGGGGGAGCGGAGGGAGGGAGGCGGAGAUGGGAAGGUCUUCUACUUCAUGCUUCAAGAUCAUCGGCUGCGGUAGCGGGGAUGCCGUCGAUGACGACGAGCACGUGGUGGAUGAGGCAAAAUCUUUAGCAGAUAAACGUAGAUGGAGUUUCCAUAAGAGAUCAUCCAAGCAUCAAGUGCUUAAUGACAGUGUUAUCUCAGAACCUGUGUCUGUUUGCUCUAGCAAACAGAGCCAAGAAGCUUCAACAACUACUCUUCAUUCAUCAAAAUAUAACUUGUCAGAAAACCCCCCAGCUCAAGAAAAGCCAGUUAAAACAUCUCCAAUUCCAUCAAAUAUUGUGAAUUCAAAGGCUCCACCAUCUCUUGCUAACAGAAUUGAUACUCCAGCUGACCCUUCUCUGAAUGAACCUGAUGCUAUUAUUCUUCAGGCUGCCAUAAGGGGCUAUUUGGCUAGGAAAAUGCUCCAUAAACUUAGGAGCAUUGUCAAGUUGCAAGCAGCUGUACGCGGACAUCUAGUUAGAAGACAGGCUAUUGGAACUUUGCGGUGUAUCCUAGCGAUAAUAAGAGUGCAGGCCUUUGUAAAGGGUCGUCUUACUUGCCAAUUAAUUGGAAACUUACCUUCCUCAGGAGAUACCAACUCUGAGGGAGUGGAAGCUUCUUCUGAGAAAUCAAAUAAAACACCAAUAAAAUAUUUACUUUCAAAUAGCUUUGCUCGUCAGCUUCUGGAGAUCACGCCAACCACAAAAACCAUGUACAUAAAAUGUGUUCCAUCAAAGUCUGAUUCAGCAUGGCAGUGGUUAGAGAGAUGGAUGGCUAUAACAUCAUCGGGAGUAAGCCAACACGAGCAAAGUGUCAAAGAAAGUAAUUUUGAAUCAGAGGCCGAUGCUGCAGUAGCAGACAGUGAACCAGAGAAAAAUAUUCCACCUACUGUUUCCACAAUGCUAUCGGAGCCUAAUUUGUCUUCCUCAGAAUCGUCCUUCAAAGAUGAUAAAAAUAGUGUAGCAACUGAAAAUACUGGAAACUUUGAGUUGCAAACUUCAGUUAUUGCUUCAGAUGAUUCUAGCAAAUGUUUGCCAAAUGACGAUGGUGAAAAUUUGGAGCUCGGAAAUGAGGUUUCCAACAUUAGUGUUGAAGGUUCUAUAAAUACUGAGAUGGUGAAUGACAGUCCAAAUUCUUUUUCAGAUCACAAAGCAUUGCAACCAAACUUAAGCUCAGAAAUACUAUAUGAUACUAUACCUCAUAUGCUUGGAUGCACAAAAGGCACGUCCACUAGUGAAAGUGAAUUAUCUGAAUCAAUUGAGACAGAAGGGGAGAACUCUGUAAUUGCUUCCCAAAAAUCAUGUAACCCUGUAUUUAUUGCUCACUCUGCUAGUUCAGAUAAUCAAAAUCUUGCAUCAAAAGUGAAAACAGAAAGCAAUAAAUUAAAGGUGGAAUUUUUCACUAAUACUGAGGCAAUUUCAGCAGAGAACUCAACGUUCCAUAAUUUGAGGAUUCCAGCUGCAGCUUCAGAAUGUGGUACCAUCUCCUCCACUCUCGACUCACUGGAGAAAUUUGCAGAUGAUGGUAGGCAAAUUGUUCUUGAAAUUGGUACACUAGAGGAACAGAACCAUGCUGAGAAAACUGUUAGUCUCCAAAAUUUGGAUAGCAGUGUUAGUGUCUCUACCUUAUAUUCUGAUACAAAUGAAACACAAGGACCUGAUGGAGUUGAGCAUACUACUGCUGACUCAGAUGUUUCUGUUAGCAUAGUGCAUGUUCAUCAAAAUGCAGCUAUGUCAACUAUUUCAGAUUUACAGAGCCGUUUGGAAGAAAUAGAACAACCUAGGUCACCUGAGGGGAUUGGCAGAACUCAUGCAAUGGUACCUGAUCCACAUGGCACGCCAUCUAGUGACAUUUCUGUGAGUUCCAGCAAGAGCAAGAGGGAUCAUAACAAGCGUACUCAUGGGUACAGUUCUAAUUUGGCAAGUAAAAAAUCACCAUCCAAUCCAGAUAAAGAUCCAGUUGGAAGAAAUAGUACAGGGGACUUAUCAAAGGAUGCAAGGAAUCCAAAGAGGAGCAACUCUUUUGGGACGGCCAAGAUGGAUCCUGUUGAUCAGGAGGCCAGGCUCAGUAAUAGCAGUUCUCUACCAGGUUAUAUGCAGGCCACUGCGUCUGCUAGAGCUAAAGCUCAUGCUAGAGCAUCUAUGAAGUCCAGUCCUGAUCUGCUUGAUACCCCGCCUAAGAAAAGACAUUCGCUACCUAUCGAAAACGGAAAGCAGACCUCAUCUCCGCACGUGCAAAGAUCAGCUUCCCAAGUUCAGCAGAUUGCGAAGAGUGGUGGAGUUCAUUCUCCUCAAAACUCUGCUGAAAGAUGGCAAAGAUGAGAUGAAGCUUCAGCAGCAACCUAUGAUCUGAACCAGUUCACAUAUACUUACCAAUGUGAUAUGUUUGAAUACGGUAUUUUGUUAUUUGCAUAUGUUUGUAAAGAUUCAGAAUUUGUUUAAGACUUGCUAUAUAUUGUUUUUAUUUUUUUUUA